AUGCAUCACCUUGUUGACACAGGCAGGAGUAAGAGGGACUUAGUGUUUCUCCUUGAUGGGUCGGAUGAGUCCAGAAAUGGCCUACCAGCUAUUCGUGAGUUCAUCAGAAGAAUGAUGGAAGACCUGGAAAUUGGCGAAGAUAAGAUUCGGGUGUCUGUCGUACAGUAUAGUAAUGACAACACAGUUUACUUAAAACUUAAAACUCACAGAUCAAAAAAAGCAAUAAUCCACGCAGUCAGAAGUCUCCGCCAUAAAGGAGGAAGACCUCGGAACACUGGAGCUGCUCUACAGUUUGUGCGAGACCAUGUUUUUACACCUUCAUCUGGGAGCAGACGUCUGGAGGGAGUCCCUCAGAUUCUAUUUUUACUAACAGGUGGCAAGUCCAAUGAUGAUGUCUCUCAAGCAGCAUUAAACCUCAAAGAAAUCGGUGUUCUGUCUUUCGCCAUUGGAAUGAAAAACACUAAUCAGGAGGAGCUUCAAAGAAUUGCCUUCUCCCCCAGAUUUCUUUUCAACCUUCCUGUCUUUGGUGAACUUUUGUCUAUUCAGCCGGAGAUUGCUUCAUUUGUCAAGGCUGAAAUACGAAUUGAGCCCCCCACUAUUGUAGGUAAGAAGCGUCGCAGAUUUGCAUUUGAGAGUUGA